AGGGAGUCGUGGGGUUUCAGGUAGCCUCCUCUCCUCCUCGGCGUCUGGGCCUCACUCCGGGCGUCGCGCUUCGUCUCCCCCAGACGCCGCCGCCUAGGGCUUCCUCCGCCGCCCUCCACCGCCUCCCUCGGGUCGCCGCCGUCCUCCACCUCCUCGUCGGGUCGCCGCCGUCCUCCACCUCCUCGUCGGGUCGCCGGCGCCCUUCACCGCCUCCCUCGGGUCGCCGCCACCUCCCUCGGGUCGCCCCCCCCCCCUCCGUCGCCUGGGCCUGCGCUGCCUUGUCUGCAACAGUGAGCAGCUUGUUCUCCGCGGCGGCGGCUUGGAGCGGAGCCGGAGGGAGAAGAUGGUGGCGGCGAUCAGGGUGCCCAAGACCAAGCGCGCCAGGCGGGAGCUCCUCAAGCACGCGCCCAAGCUCGUUGAGACCGGCAAAAAGACACUGAUCCUCCAUGGUACCAAGACUAGUGCUGUGUUGAACUCUGUGCUGUCAGAUAUUUACCACCUGAAGCGUGAUAAUGCUGUGAAGUUCACCAAGAAGAAUGACAACAUUAUGCCUUUUGAAAGUGGUGGAGAAUCUUCUUUGGAAUUUUUCUCCCUCAAGACAGACUGCAGCCUUAUAGUGUAUGGUUCUCAUUCAAAAAAGAGACCCAAUAAUCUGAUAUUGGGAAGGACGUAUGACCACCACAUAUAUGACCUUGUUGAAGUAGGAGUUGAGAACUACAAAUCGAUGGAGUCUUAUGUUUAUGAUAAGAAGCUGGCACCAAAACUUGGAUCAAAGCCUUUCUUUGCCUUCAUAGGAGAACAUUUUGAGAGCUCUGAAGAGCUGAAGCAUUUGAAAGAAGUGCUGCUUGAUCUUUUCAGAGGAGAGGUUGUAGAGAAUCUAAACCUUGCAGGUGUAGAUCGGAUCUAUGUGUGCACAGCAAUCUCUCCUACUACUGUCUACAUGAUGCACUGUGCUCUCCGCCUGAAAAGGUCAGGCACACCUAUUCCCAGAAUGGAGCUGGUUGAAGUUGGACCUUCAAUGGAUCUGGUAGUUAGAAGGCAUAGGCUUCCAGUUGAAAGUUUGAAGAAGGAAGCUAUGAAGACUGUUGAACAUGCUAAGAAGAUGAAGAAUGUCACCAAGGAUCCAGUGCAGGGCAAGCUGGGCAAGGUCUACAUGCCAGACCAGCAGGUUGGGAAGUUGGCCUUAUCGAGUGACAUAAAGGGACUGAAGAGGGAGCGCCGCGAGGCCAAGAAAAACAACAAGCACUCAAAGAAGCAAAAGGUCAACCCUGAGUAAAAAACAGGGAUUUGUUUUGUCUUGGGUACUGGUCACACUAAGGACUUUUGCUUGUUGUUCACAGCCGCUGUGUUAGCCAAGUGUAAGCCACUUGCUGUUACAUUGGGUGGUAAUCGUUUAGUGCCAUUUUUGUAGGCAAAAAACCUUGUGGUGACUUGCACAAUAUGCGCACCAACUCAUUAUGUCAGACAAGCAUGGAAGUUUUGAGCAAUGGUAUGUUACAGUUAUUAUUACAUUUGCUA